UUUCCAGACUGACACCAUGAGGAUCCUACUAUGGGGUGUCUGGUUGUUCAGCCUGCUUGCCUAUGCUCUCAGCGACUGCCGGAGAGAUUGCCUGAAUUGCCACAGACACUUGUACAGCCAUCAGAAUGACUUCAGUCUUCUUAUCUGCGUCAUGGAAUGUGAAGGGAAGCUCUUUUCUAGCACCACCUGGGGAUUCUGCAGCAAAGCAACCGGAAAGGCCUCCUUGCCGCUGGGUCUCGAUAGUCUAGAGGAAUCUGCUAAUCAGCCCUUGGAGAUGUGGGAUGGCAGUCUGUUCAGAGGCAGAGGCAACAUCAAACACCUGGGUGACCUGACUAGAAUGGUGGAUCUCAGCAAAGCGGAAGACGCGAAGCAGGUUUCCAAAGUGAGCAGUCUCAUCCGCCAACCGGAGGCAGAAGAAGGUGCCAGCGAUGGAAGCCAAACACCCCUGGGGGACUUACAAGACCAGCUUGAGAUUCCCAAGAGGUUGGGUGGUUUUCUGAGUGGACCGUUUGGUUAUGGAGAGAUGGCAGAACCUGCCGUGCAAGAGCUUCAGAAACGGUUUGGAGGCUUCAUCGGCGUCCGAAAGUCAGCCCGGAAGUGGCAUAACCAGAAAAGGUUCAGUCAGUUCCUCAAGCAGUACCUUGGGAUGUCCCCACGAUCUGUUGAAUAUGAUGGCUUUGACGAUGACCUGAAGGAACAGAACGAGAUCUAGAUGGAUGGACUUCCUCUGGAUUUUCUCCCCCUCAUGACAUCACCAUGUAGUGAAUCAGUUUCAGAUCUGCCACAACCAAAAAAGUCAACCCUUGGUCCCCGCCUUGCCUUCCUGGCUGCCUGUAUAGCAGUCAGUUAGCCCUUGCCAUCAAAGUAAAAGGGCAGCAUUCCUUCUGAAUAAUCCAAAUGAUGUAGUAAUUUUUCUGCAGUUCUAACAGAUGAGUGUUACACACGUUUCCUUGAAAGUGGGUGGAUGAGAAGGAGAUUGAGGCCUGAUUUAAAUGUGAUGCUGGUUGAAAUGAAAGAACUCUCCUGUGGGACUUUUCAGUUAAGUGUAACUCUUUUCAUAGCUAGGAGCCCAGUUUGAAUAAGAUGCUGUGCAAGUGCAUUGUCCAUGGCAGUGUGCUUGGACCUAGCUAAUGUCCCAUUUACUCAUAUUUAUCCCAAGGGAAGGUGACUCCCUAAAAAACAUAUAUACUCAAAACUCCAGUCCCCACCCUCUGUUACACAUACUUAUUCCUUAGAACAGCAAGAGAAAAAUAGAAAUGGAACAGCACCACUGUCUCUUUGAUUACAAACCUUCCUCCUAUGAGCAUGAAACUCUAGGAACUGGCCAAAUCUCUAUGGUAUUUACCAGAGUUUGGGAGGACACUUAGAGCACUCUGAUGUCACUUAUGGGUCUUUAUUCAGAUGUUACAUCAAAGCAUCAGCAAAGUUUUCCACUCCCAGG